AUGGGCCAGGCGGGGGAAGUCGGCCAUAUUAAGAAUGAUGAUGAUGAUGAUGGUGGUGGUGGUGAUGAUGAUGAUGAUGAUGAUGAUCCUGCUAAUAACAAAGGAAAGAAAAGUCCCGACCAACUGUGGAAUAACCCGGUGGUCCGAUUGCACAAGUACAUACAUGUCUCAAACCAACUUGUUGGCCAGAGACUUUUCCAACAUGCCAGUCCACUAAUUCGGAUUCCGUCUCCACCUCUCCAGGAUGUCGGAAUGGGGGCACUGACUUGGGCGGCAGCUUGCCUUGAGCCUCAGACUCCAACGAGCUGGUGCGGAGGAGGUCCAAGGUUCAGAGUCCAGAGUCCAGACUAG